CUCCUCCUUCUCCCUUCUCCUCCUCCGCUCGGUCGAUUCUUCUCAAACUCUGAGAAAUCAGAGGCAAAAAUGAACUCUCUGGUGAAAUGGAUUCUCAUCCUGCUGGUCCUGAUUUCGGUCAUCCUAAACAUCGUGCUGAUUGGGAUCCAGACUGGCCGGGUGCCCAAAUGUUCCGUGCAGCGCGUGCACCCGCUGCGGGGCCAGCACGACGAAAGGAGCCUCGUGUUCGCUGACCUCACCCGGGAAGAAUACUUGCAAAUCCAACAGUUCAUGCUAAAGGAGAAAAAGCUGCAGAUCUCCACCAGGCAGACCACGGAACCAUCUCAGAACUUUUUGUUCCUCAUAGAUCUGUCCUUACCGAAGAAAGCAGCGGCGCUCGCCUACCUGGACCGGAACGGCACCAAGCCCGUUAGAGAAGCCACGGUGGUGGUCUUCUACGGCUCAUCUAGCACCAUCGUGGAGUAUGUGGUAGGGCCUCUUCCCAACCCGACCUACAUGAGAGACGUGACCAAGGAGCGGUACCAAAUGCACCUGCCCAUCCGCAAGCGCCUUGUCACGAUCGGAGAGUACUCCCUGAUGUUUAAGUUCUUUGAGGAGAAGGUCUUCUCCAGGCUGAAAAAGCUGCUGGAGGAGAGCUUCGGAGUGGGUCGAGGCCAGUCUCUUAACGCGUUCGAGCAAAUGCCCCGCGGGGUCCAGUCCGGGGACAGGAAGACGUGGGUGUCUUUCUUCAGGGACAUGAGCGGCAUGUACAUCCACCCGGUGGGCUUCGAGGUUCUGCUGAACCACGAGAGCGCGAACGCGUCCCAGUGGAGCGUGGAGCAGCUGCUGUACAACGGCAAGUACUUCAGCUCAGUGGAGGAACUCAAACGGGAAUACGAUAACGGGGGUGUUAAGAAAAUCGUUUACAAGAACUUUCCAGACUACGGCUCCCUGAAACCCAGAACCAAACCCCUACAGGUGGGUCCGCAGCAGUUUUACGCAGAGGGGAAGCGCUUCAGCGUCCAGGACAACCAGGUCCUGUACCUCGACUGGAGCUUCGCCUUCGGGAUGAGCUCUCUGACCGGGAUGAGGGUGUUUGAUGUGCGUUUCCAGCAGGAGAGGAUCGCGUAUGAGAUCAGCGUCCAGGAGGCCAUGUCGGUGUACGGUUCCGUGACUCCAGGGAUGAUCCUCACAAAGUUUCUGGACUCCAGCAUCGGAAUCGGCCGCUUCGCACACGAACUAGUCCGCGGCGUGGACUGCCCCUACGAGGCCACCUAUGUGGACACGUACCGAUACAUAGACGUCCCAGUACCGGUCCGGUUCAGGAAUUCUAUUUGCAUAUUUGAACACAACAUGGGUCAGCCCCUACGGAGGCACUUUUCAGACUUCUUCCACAACAGCUUUGGCGGGAUGGCAAACAGCGCCCUGGUGUUCCGGACCAUCACAGCCAUAGGAAACUAUGACUACAUGUGGGACUUCAUCUUCUACCAGAGCGGGUCGCUGGAGGCCAAGGUGCACGCGACUGGAUACAUCUCCUCCUCUUACCUGGUGGACGGAAGUCUGCGCUAUGGCCAUCAGGUGGCAGAGAACGUUCUGGGGAACAUCCACACCCACUUCAUCAACUUCAAGGUGGACCUAGAUGUGUCAGGAGUGAAGAACGUGUUUCAGACAAAGGACAUGGAGUAUGUUAAUGUUUCCCUGCCAUGGAUGCCCAAUCGCUACACUAUGGUACCUCAGCUGGUGGAGAAACAACUCCAGACUGAACAGGAGGCUGCCCUACGUCAUGACACCAAGACACCUCGCUACCUACACAUUGCCAGUAAGAAGACAAACCGUUGGGGCCAUCAGCAUUCUUACAGAUUGCAGGUCUACAGCUUUGCAGGAGACCACCUACCUGAGAGCCAGGCUGAGGAAAGAGCCAUGUCCUGGGCCAGGUAUAAAGUCGCCAUCACCAAACACAAAGACCUGGAACAAACCAGCAGCAGUCUGUACAAUCAAAAUGACAUUUGGAGUCCAGCUGUUGACUUCAGCAAGUUCAUUGAAGACAAUGAAAGCAUUGAGGAUGAAGACCUUGUUGCAUGGGUGACAGCUGGUUUUCUUCACAUUCCUCACGCUGAGGACAUCCCCAACACUGUAACAGUUGGCAACGGGGGUGGGGUCCUGCUGAGACCCCAUAACUACUUUGAUGAGGACCCAUCCGUGAACUCUGCAGAUGCGGUGUACUUUGACCCAGGUACCAAGGACAGCUGUAAGAACAACAGGAUGGCUUGCUUGUCCCAGGAGAUGUGUAGUCCCGUCCGUGAGAGCUUCACCUACAACGGAUUUGAAGGAGUCAUGAAGUUUGAGGACUGGGACUAAAUUUAAAGCAGCUUUUGAACCAUACUAACCUCAGACAGGCAGUUUGGCAAAUGUAAAUAAAAUGCCUAACGUGUUCUUAUUCACCCACCCAUAUUUAGCAUGUGUACUUCCUUCUGACACUGAUUCAGGGCCAGUUUGCACAAGUAUAUUUUGACAUGUGAAGGAGCUAAAGGUAGAACCACCAAUUUUUACAAGUCAUUCUUUGGUGAUCUGAAGUGUGCAUGUGAUUACCCUCAAAUAUGAUUAUUUUACUAUUACACAUGUGUCUCAAAAAUGUGAUGUUUUUAAAUAUUUUUGUUUGAAAAUUUUAUUACAUUAACUAUUAAACAGUUCUGCUUUCAUUUGUUUCUACAUAAUUUCACCAAAGAAGAUGUUUUUCAGCAAUCAUAAAGGUUUUCCUCAAAGCUUCUGUCACCCUCCUUAUAAUAAGAUGAGUAUGUUGGCUUGGCAGACCUGCAAGCAUUUUUGCAGUCUGUAGCAAAGGGUGACGAGAGCGGAGUAGCUAGAAAGCAGAACACAUCAAAAGCCGUUGUAAGCCACAACUAUUAGUUUUAAAAUUAAAUAAAUUGAAAAAAUCUAAA